AUGGAUUUCAUUACUGGUUUGCCUUUCUCUUUUAAGAGCCAUGAUUCCAUUUGGGUGACCAUUAAUUGGUUGACGAAAUUAGCCCACUUCUUGCCAGUUAAAUCCAACAACACAGCCGAAGAAUAUUCCAAGCUAUAUGUAAGGGAAGUUGUUCGCUUGCAUGGGACUCCACUAACUAUUAUUUCAUAUUGGGGUGCCCAAUUUAAGGCACAUUUCUGGAGAUCAUUCCAGAAGAUUUUGGGCACACAGAAUUUGCCUACAAUAAUAGAUAUCAUUCAAGCAUUGGCAUGGCUCCAUUUGAAGCCCUCUAUGGGCAUCGGUGCAGAUCGCCUAUUGAGCCGCCAAAAAUCAUAUGCAGACGUACGCCGUAGAGACAUAGAGUUCCAAGUUGAUGAUUGGGUAUUCUUGAAGGUUAUUCCCAUAGAAGGUAUGGAAUUCUCAGAACACUUAUCUUAUGAGGAAGUCCUAGUGGCAAUAUUGGACCGACAGGUCAGGAAGUUGAGGACAAAAGACGUGGCAUCAGUCAAGGUACUUUGGAGAAGUCAGAAUAUAGAAGAAGCCACAUGGGAAGCAGAGGCUGACAUGAGGGCCAAGUAUCCCCACUUAUUUCAGUAG